AUGCAGUUGUCAAAGCGAUUCCACGAAUUGCGCCAGGAACUCGCGACAAUGCUCAUCCCCAAGGCCGACCGCAAGAAGAUCCACGAGUACCUCUUCCGUGAGGGUGUGCUCGUGGCCAAGAAGGACUUCAACCUUCCUAAGCACAAUGACAUUGACACCAAGAACCUCUAUGUCAUCAAGGCUAUGCAGUCCCUGACUUCCCGCGGUUUCGUCAAGACCCAGUUCUCGUGGCAGUACUACUACUACACCCUCACCCCCGAGGGUCUUGACUACCUGCGCGAGUGGCUCCACCUCCCCGCCGAGGUUGUUCCUGCCACCCACAUCAAGCAGCAGCGCUCCCACGCUCCUCCCCGCGGUAUGAUGGGCGGCGAGGACCGUGAGCGCCGGCCCCGUGCUCCCCGUGAGGGUCGCGAGGGUGGUUACCGCCGUCGUGAGGAGGGUGGCAAGGAGGGUGGUGCCCCUGGCGAGUUCGCUCCUUCUUUCCGCGGUGGCUUCGGCCGUGGCCGUGGUGCCCCCCAGCAGCAGUAA